GCUUCAGGGCGCCCGCUUUUCCUCUCACUGUGUUGACUGGAACCCUCUAGCUGAUGCUUCUUUCCUUUGGCCUCCUGAUAUCCAGGCUACAUACUCCCCCUCCCAGGUCCUCUUCAGGAGCUAGGCGCCUGGGAGGGGUGCCAUCGCAUGGGCCCUGCCCCUUCCCUCUGCCCCUCCCCAUCUAUCUCCUUUUUCUGAGGUCUCCUUCCUUGGCCAGAGGAAAUGGAUGGGCCGAGGUGACCAGCUGAACUCACAUCCUUUGCUUGGGCCUGAGAUGGGGUGAUCCUUCCAGCCCCAGAACUCAGCUGGGGAAGGUUAUGCCACAGCGGAAGCGCCUGGAGCCACUGCCCGGAACCGGGACCCCCGCCCUCCCUCCCUCAAGCCAGGGUCCCCAGCCCAGUCGCUGGGCCUCUCCCCUACCACCUUUCCGGCUAUUGUUCUGGAAAGAACAGAGCCACCUAUCAGGCCCUGCCCCUGUUCCUGUGCUCCUGCUGUCACAUUGUCAACCCCUCCCUAGAGAGGACACAUUCAGCCCCCUAGCUGCCCCAUCCCAGACUCUCCCAGGUGGACAGCUCCGUGCAGUAAAGGCUCCCUGAAGGACAAUAGCUCUCUUCUCUUGGGACCUUGUCGUCUCUGCUGAGUCUUAGAGAGACACCUUGGUGGCCAAGGUCACGCAGCCCAGGGAAGGCAGAACAGCCUGAGCCAUGCACUUCCUGUUUCUGCAGCUCCAGUUCUCUCCCUACCCCCAAAUGGUUCUGUGUUACAAGAACUGUCAGAGUCGGGAUGACAGAGGGGAGGCUGGGAGGUCUGUGCUCCCUCCCAGCAGCCCCCACACAUUCCCUUGGCUGCCCCACCUUUUCUGUAUUUACCUGUUAGGUGUAGAGUCCGUCCGCUCCACCCUGUGUGUAUCAGCCCUCUCCCGCCCCAUCCCUUGCUUCCCACCCUGAUGGAAUGAGGCCGUGCCUUUCCCAGGCUGUUGGGGUAUUUGGGGGCCCACCAGGGCCUGGGGGCAGGCCUGGACCAGCAUGUUUGGCACCCUGCCCAGCCUGGGCUGAGCUAGGCCCCCUCCUUGCCGGCAGGGUGGGUUCCAGCAGGAGUCGGGGACGGCCUGUAACAAGGCCUCUCCUUUCCCAACACCUCAAGGACCAACAUGGUCAGACUGCUCCUGGGCUCUUACCCAUAUGCAUCCUGUCCCCGGGAGGCAGUGCCUGCUGCUUUUCUAAUGAGGCCAGAAUAGCCCAGUCAGAGCUGGCCGGUAUCAAGUUGGCAGAGCUUCUCGGCUCCACGAAGAGACUCAACAUCAACUACCAGGAUGCCGAUGGGUUCUCUGCUCUCCACCAUGCUGCCUUGGGGGGCAGCCUGGAGCUCAUAGCCUUACUGUUGGAGGCUCAAGCCACCGUGGACAUCAAGGAUAGCAAUGGCAUGCGUCCCCUACAUUAUGCGGCCUGGCAGGGCCGGCUGGAGCCUGUGAGACUGCUGCUCCGGGCUUCGGCGGCUGUCAACGCUGCCUCGCUGGAUGGUCAGAUCCCUCUACACCUGGCUGCACAGUACGGGCAUUAUGAGGUGUCAGAGAUGCUUCUCCAGCACCAGUCUAACCCAUGCCUAGUCAACAAGUUGAAGAAGACACCCCUAGACCUAGCUUGUGAAUUUGGGCGGCUCAAGGUGGCCCAGCUGCUUUUGAACAGCCACUUAUGUGUGGCACUGCUGGAGGGAGAGGCGAAGGACCCAUGUGACCCCAACUACACCACACCCCUGCACUUGGCUGCUAAGAAUGGCCACAGAGAAGUCAUCAGGCAGCUCUUAAAAGCCGGUAUUGAGAUCAACCGCCAGACCAAGACGGGCACCGCACUCCAUGAGGCUGCGCUGUACGGCAAAACUGAGGUGGUGCGGCUGCUGCUGGAGGGAGGUGUGGACGUGAAUAUCCGGAACACAUAUAACCAGACGGCGCUGGACAUAGUGAAUCAGUUCACCACCUCCCAGGCCAGCCGGGAGAUCAAGCAGCUGCUUCGGGAGGCUUCGGGGAUCUUGAAGGUUCGAGCGCUCAAGGAUUUCUGGAACCUUCAUGACCCUACCGCUCUCAAUGUCCGGGCAGGAGAUGUCAUCACGGUGCUUGAACAGCACCCUGAUGGCCGCUGGAAGGGCCACAUCCAUGAGAGCCAAAGGGGCACAGACCGUGUCGGCUACUUCCCCCCGGGCAUCGUGGAGGUGGUCAGCAAGCGGGUGGGCGUACCUGUGGCCCGCCUCCCCUCCGCACCCACUCUGCUACGGCCAAGCUUCUCCCGGAUAUCACAGCCUUCGGCUGAUGAUCCCCUGCCAUCUCUCACCUACGGCCAGCUCCCUCGGGUGGGCCUCAGCCCAGACAGUCCAGCAGGCGACAGGAAUAGCGUGGGCAGCGAGGGUAGUGUGGGCAGCAUCCGCAGCGCAGGCAGCGGGCAGAGCUCUGAAGGCACCAACGGCCAUGGCACCGGCCUCCUGAUUGAAAACGCUCAGCCACUGCCCUCUGCCAGUGAGGACCAGGUACUGCCAGGCCUGCAUGCCCCGUCCCCAGCAGACACCCUGAGCCACCGCCCUCUGGCUAGUUACCGCUCUGGGGAGAUCUUCACCCAAGAUGUCAGACCAGAACAGCUACUGGAAGGGAAGGAUGCACAGGCCAUUCAUAACUGGCUAAGCGAAUUCCAGCUAGAGGGCUACACUGCCCACUUCCUGCAGGCUGGCUAUGAUGUGCCGACCAUCAGUCGGAUGACACCUGAGGAUCUGACGGCCAUUGGGGUGACCAAGCCUGGACAUAGGAAGAAGAUCGCCUCGGAAAUUGCCCAGCUCAGCAUUGCUGAGUGGCUGCCCAACUAUAUCCCGGUGGACUUGCUGGAGUGGCUGUGUGCACUGGGACUGCCACAGUACCACAAGCAGCUAGUGAGCAGCGGCUAUGACUCUAUGGGGCUGGUGGCCGAUCUCACCUGGGAGGAGCUGCAGGAGAUCGGCGUGAACAAGCUGGGGCAUCAGAAGAAGCUUAUGUUAGGUGUGAGGCGGCUGGCAGAACUAAGGCGGGGCCUGCUGCAAGGCGAAGCCCUAGGUGAAGGCGGACGCCGGAUGACCAGGGGUCCAGAGCUGAUGGCCAUCGAAGGCCUGGAGAAUGGGGAAGGCCCAGCUAUGUCUGGCCCUCGCCUCCUCACCUUUCAGGGCAGUGAGCUGAGCCCAGAGCUACAGGCAGCUAUGGCAGGGGGUGGCCCAGAGCCACUCCCCCUCCCCCCAGCCCGUUCUCCUAGCCAGGAGAGCAUUGGUGCGCGCUCCCGGGGCUCUGGCCACUCACAGGAACGGCCUGUUUCCCAGCCCAGUGUUGGUGACCCUAGUACCCUACAGGAGAGGAACCUUCCGGAGGGUACAGAGCGCCCCUCUAAGCUUUGUUCUCCACUCCCUGGCCAAGGACCUGCCCCUUACGUCUUUAUGUGUCCGCAGAGCUUACCCUUUAGCCCGGCCCCAGCGCCACCUCCUGGUGUUCCCCGGGCCUUCUCCUACUUGGCUGGCUCUCCUGCCGCUCCUCCAGACCCACCGCGGCCGAAACGCCGGUCUCACAGCCUGAGCCGCCCUGGCCCCGCUGAGGGGGAAGGGGAAGGGGAGGCUGAAGGGCCAGUGGGCAGUGCCUUGGGCAGCUAUGCCACACUUACUCGGAGACCAGGACGCAGCACCCUGGCCCGGACUAGUCCUAGCCUGACCCCAACUCGAGGGACCCCCCGAAGCCAGUCCUUUGCCCUCCGUGCACGCCGUAAAGGUCCCCCACCCCCACCCCCCAAGCGCCUCAGUUCUGUCUCUGGCUCCACCGAGCCACCUUCACUAGACGGAGCCACAGGGCCCAAGGAAGGGGCCGCAGGGCCCAAGGAAGGGGCUGCAGGGCCCCGGAGGAGAACACUGAGUGAACCAACCGGCCCCUCAGAGUCCCCUGGUCCUUCUGCGCCAACUGGCCCUGUGUCGGACACAGAAGAAGAGGAACCUGGCCCUGAGGAAACACCCCCAUCUCGGGGCAGCUCAGGGGAAGGGCUGCCCUUCGCAGAGGAGGGGAACCUGACUAUCAAGCAGCGGCCGAAGCCAGCUGGUCCCCCUCCCCGUGAGACACCUGUGCCCCCUGGCCUUGACUUCAACCUCACAGAGUCAGAUACUGUCAAACGCAGGCCCAAGUACAAGGAGAGAGAGCCACUACAGACGGCCCUGUUGGCCUUUGGGGUAGUGGGCGGUGAUACCCUUUGCCCCUCCACUCCCCUGCCCUCCCAGGCCCCGUGUGAAUCCCCCUCAGCUUCCUCAAACCCUCCAUGGUCUGAGCCCAGCAGCCUUCUGUCUCAAGGAACUCCAGCCCCUACACUCAGCCCCAUAACUCAGCCCCCCGGGCACCCAGGGCCCAGUGCUGGACCCCCCACAGGCAGUAAGCCUAAUGUAGAGAUGGAGCCGCCUGCUCCCCCUGCCGCCCUCCUCAAAGUGCCUGGAGCAGGAACAGCUCCCAAGCCCGUGUCUGUGGCCUGCACUCAGCUGGCAUUUUCUGGCCCAAAGCUGGCUCCCCGGCUCGGCCCCCGCCCAGUACCCCCUCCAAGGCCUGAGAAUACUGGGCCUGUGUGUCCAGGUCGGGUCCAGCAGAGACUGGAGCAGACCAGCUCAUCCUUGGAAGCCGCACUGAAGGCAGCUGAGAAGAGCAUUGGCACCGAGGAACGAGAUGGCCCCACAGGGACGUCUACCAAGCACAUCCUGGACGACAUUAGCACCAUGUUUGAUGCCCUGGCUGACCAGCUGGAUGCCAUGCUGGACUGAACAAACCUCGCCUGUGACUCUCCCACUGCCAGCGUCACUGCCUGUGGCCCUGUGCCACGCAAGAAACAGGCAGAGGCUCUGCUGGGCUCUGUAUCCUUCCACAGCAGAGGCCUCCUAUGGCUCCAAGCCGUCACAGAGAGGCUGAGAGGACUUGUCAGAACCUGACUGAGGGGCCUCAGCUGUGUGGGAGCAAAGCCUUCCUCCCACAGCUAUGGCCCCCAAACAGGGACCCUCAUAGGAACAUUCUCCUCUGGGAGGAGGUGGUGACAGGGAUUUGGGGUGCACCUCCUUGCCUCGUCUAAAGUCCCUGUGUUCUGGGAAUUUGUCUGGCCACCCACUGAGUUACUAGGGCUCUGUGAGGCUGUGUGCUUGGCCAGUCCCCUCUGCAAGUGUACAUAGGAGCUGUAAAUACAGAGCGGGGCGUGCCUUCCUGCCUGGCCAUCCCACACUGGGAGGCAGUGCUGGCCAGGACCAGGGGCAGCGAGAAUAACAGAUCCCCAGUGUCCAGACUCUUACAACUGUACAUAAUAUUUUUCAAGCAGAGAGAAAUGCAUAUAUUUUAAAUGGAAUUUAUUCUAUCUAUUAACUGCCUGAGAGGAUGCAGUAGGGGAAGGCCUUCAGGCCACAGAAGAACCGUCUACCCACCUCCUGCUGGAGGACCCAGUUGGUCUAGCCUGGGCUCUGUAACCAACCAUUAACCUCUUCACCCAGCUAACAUCAAUGAAAGAGUCAUUCCACGUGA